GCUAGCUACUAUCACAUGGAACCAGAUUGUCUCUUCAUGGUUAGGGUGGUGCAAGGGCUGGUGCAUAUGGGCAAGGGCACGAUCGCAUUAACCCCUUCUUUCAAGACCGACAGAUCAUGUCACAAAUGGCUGUUGCUGGACUUCUGUGGCCUUCACCAAUGUGAAAGCUUGUGA